AGACAGUUGAGCUUGUGGAUGACAUUAUAAAGAACACAAUGUAUUUUCUGUUUUAGGGUGGAUUUUCCUUUUUAAAGUCGUGCUGACAGCUGGCCCCGCCCCCAGCCCCGUCAGCUCUGCUCCUAUUGGCUGAGCGGGAGGUCAGCUGCUGCAGCAAAGACACACGUGUGUCUCCAAGCAUUUCAAGAUCAAGAUGGCAGCCUCCGUGUGUCGGUGCUACGAGCUGGUUGGCAGACGUGCCUUGGCCCUCUGCUCCCGGCCUAUUGCCUCUUCAGUGUGGAGAGGAGAUGCCUUUACGUUACAUAGGAGCCCAGCUGCAACUGUGCAGGUGCGAUAUGCUUCAGGACGUAAAGGUUUCCUGGGAGAGUUUGUGGAUAAUCUGCGUCAGGAAUUCAGUAAGAAUCAGGAGAUGAAAGAGAACAUAAAGAAGUUCAGAGAAGAGGCCAAGAGGCUUGAUGAGUCCGAUGCUCUCCAAAAAGCCCGCAGGAAAUAUAAAUCUAUAGAGUCUGAGACAGUGAAGACUUCAGAGGUGUUUAAGAAGACCUUUGGCACCCUGUCAGAGACCGUCAAGGAGGGUCUUGAGGAGGUGAGUCGUACUGACAUCGGGAAGAAGAUCAAGGAAAGUGUGGAGGAGGCUGCCAAGACGGCCAUGCAGUCAGCUGAGUCCGUCACCAAAGGAGGAGAAAAACUGGGCAAAACUGGUGCAUUCAGGGCCAUCUCACAGGGUGUGGAGACCAUGAAGAAGGAGAUAGAGGUAGGCGGGGAUGCCGGCCCUUACAGAGCUCCCUCUCAGCUAAGGAAGAGAAGCGAUUUCUCCUCUAAAGGAGCCGACAUGGACUCCAGAGUGUUCGAGGCCAACGAAGAGGAUAUGGGUGUCGUUCUCCACAAGGACUCAAAGUGGUACCAGCAGUGGAGUGACUUCAAGGACAAUAACGCAGUUUUUAACAGAUUCUUUGAGAUGAAGAUGAAAUAUGAUGAAAGUGACAAUGCCGUCGUCAGAGCAUCCAGAGCUGUGACAGACAGAGUCACUGGCUUCCUAGGCGGUCUUUUCUCUAAAACAGAAAUGUCAGAGGUGCUGACUGAGAUUGUGAAGGCUGACCCCACCUUUGACAAAGACUCUUUCCUCAAACAGUGUGAGAAAGACAUCAUCCCGAACAUACUGGAGGCUAUGAUCCGUGGAGAGCUGGAUGUAUUAAAAGACUGGUGCUAUGAAGCUACGUACAGUCAGCUGGCUCACCCCAUCCAGCAGGCCAGAGCGCUGGGGCUGCUCUUCCAGUCCAAAAUCCUUGACAUUGACAACAUAGACCUAGCAAUGGGUAAAAUGAUGGACCAGGGCCCGGUGCUGAUCAUCACCUUCCAGGCUCAGGUCGUCAUGGUGAUCCGCGGCCCCAAAGGAGACCUUGUGGAGGGAGAUCCGGAGAAGGUAAUGAGGAUGAUGUAUGUGUGGGCGUUGUGUCGUGACCAGGAGGAGCUGAACCCCAACGCGGCCUGGAGACUCCUGGACAUCUCCGCCUCCAGCACGGAGCAGGCCCUCUAGGAGGAGGAAGAGGAGCGCAGUGUUUCAGUCCAUCCAUACCAGGCUGGUGGCUAGAUCCAAGAAGAUGGCUGGGAGAAAAUGGACAUGGUACCUGUGACUUUACCCGCUGGCCUCGAGAGGGACACCUGAAGCCUAAAACUAUUUUUAAUGUCACCACUGUCUUUGUCAAAUAAAUGUAAACAGGAAAUUAAAAUUUGGGCAAUGGCAUGGAGCCUUGUUGCAGCAACCAACAUAGCUGAGGACUCCCUUGAAAACGAGAGGGUGCAUCUCAAGGGGGUUUAUCCUCUAAUUAAAAUUACAAUUUUGAAAUUAAAUAAAAUAACUGAGUGGGACAGCACGAGAGUCCUCGUUAAUCAAGGCAAACAUGCUUCAAUUUUACACAUGCAGAUUGGUUGACUUGUCACAAGGAGUCUACUCAGCUUGUGAUAACUAGGGCUGUCCUCGACCAAAUUCUUUGUCAACCAAUCGAGUAGUUGAUUCAAUCGACAGAUCUGUAAAACUGAAGAAUCACACAAAAGUGUUCACCAGAGAUGUGCUCAUAAGUUUCUUGGAAAUGAUUGAGCAUGAAAAAAAGCAUAAAAAACAACUAAAGAAAUCUUAGUCGACUAAGACCAAAAUGACCAAUUAGUCGACUAAUCGACUAGGAGGGGGCAGCUCUAGUGAAAACAGUUGAACAAUGUCAUCUGUUGACUCUGGAGGGAGCUUUCUAAAAUCUGAUAAAAUAGCCCUCAUGAUGUCUCCAGAGUUACCUCAGAUUGGGCUUAAGACUUUACAGAAACCCUGUGUUAUGAAUUUGGUCUGUGGAGAUUGAAAGAAAUUAACAUUUACCAGGCAGGAAGGAUCUAGCGAAAAAUGCCAUUGAGUUGCAUUAUGGGAAACAGGAUCCAGUGUUUUUCAAGCUUAACCCAUAUUAUAGAUUAAAAAUCAAGAUAUCUAAGACUCUGCUGCUACAAUUUCAACCAUUCUUUUUUAAAAUUUGUCUCUUGUGAGUCUCCAAACUUUAUGGAACUGCAAUACUAAAUGGCUGUAAUACAAUCAGUGUAAAUUGUUUCUGCAUGGCUGCGAGGGUCUGUGAGACUUAAUAUUUCAUCAUCUGCCUAAAACCAUGAGGAUCUGCCAACAAACGUGAACACUUUGCCUAUGCAGACACCCAGUGUAAUAUAAACGGAACUAAACGUCUACUGUAUGGAGUAUAUCUGGCCCUUUAAUUACCCUUACACAACAGAGAUCUUUAAUGUUUCUUUAGAGAGAAAAUGGUUGAAGUUUUCUUUUUCUAGACCAAAUUUCCAUGGACCAUUAAAUGAAAUGCAUUCUUAAGGAAUUCUAGCAUUUGCUUCAAAAGUCAGCUGUGGUGGUUUCUGCUUGGAUCCUGCUGGCUUUCACAUCAGAAACGUAUCACAACUUAAAUAGUACAACAGAUAAGAUGACUCAUAUAAUAUAGGAUGUAAUGAGCUGUGUAGUCGGGCCCAUGCUGUCGUGUGUACUGUAGCUCAGAGGGCCCGUGAAACCACAAGCAACUGGAGAAAACACGUCCUUGUGUUUGUAUUUUAAAAGGCAGCAUAUGUUUUCUCAAGUUGCAGUGCGUUGGGCUCCCAGUCACUGUAUAUUCACCCUCAAUAAGAAGAACUGUGUUGUAUCUACAUAUAAGCUCUCAACUCCUUGUAAAUAUAUUAAAUGUGGAGUACUGCUUCUUUGUAAGAUUGACCACAUUCAAAUCAUGUCAUCAUGGCAGCUUUAUUGUUUGAGUAUCAUUUGCCACCUCAUGUUGAACAUUUUUCAGCCGUUUUGUUUUACUAAAAUGUUGGUUUACUGUUGAGUACGUGGUUUUUCAACCCCUUAAGUGCUGAAGAUGAAAACUUGAAUGAAUAAGCACAUUACUGUACCCAUUGUGUUGACUGUUUUUGACAUUUAUACACAUGUGACCACCUA